AUGGCUACUCCCAACAGAACAGAGCCACCCAAUUUCCGCAGAGAAGAACUCAAAUCGCGGUUCUACUCAGUUUUGGAGCUGUCUAAUUCUGAAGCUCCACGCUCCGUCGUCGAGGAGGCUGCGGCCGCGCUUCUUCUGGAAUCAGGGCUUCUUUCCAGAGAACAAUCCGUUCUCCAUUCUUUGCUUGCUGAUCUCCCCGAGGGCUAUGUUGAGCACGCGGAAGAAGCGCUCAGGCAUGCCAACCUAGCCACAUCCACCAUAUCGAUCCUCCACCCUGCCGUUGGGCCUCUGAUCACCUUGUUGGAGAUGAGCCUGGAGAAUGCGCGUUGCUACCAAACCGUUAUCGACCGCGCGGUAAAGGAGGGAGUGGUCGACAUAGAAAUCAUGAUGGAGCUCCUUGCCGAUGAGGGUAAGCUGCAGCUGUUCCUCAUGAGAUCCAUCGCUGCCAUGGACGCCGCCCAUGGACCUCCCCGAACCGCGCCCAAAUAUGUCUUAUCUCUCUCCAGAGCGCCUGCUUAUGAUCUCGAGACGACUUCGCUUCUCAGAGGCCUCAUGGCUCGUCUGCAGUUCGCCAACAAGGGUGCAGAAGCCACUCCCGAGGAAGCCGCUCCCGAGGAAACUCCUCCCAAUGCCAAAGAGACCGGUGGCAAAGUUCCCGAUGCGAAGAUUGAGCCAGACUCCAUUUAG